UAGUAAACACUUCUCUCCACCAUGUCUUCAAGCAUCCGCGCUUUACUAUUUUCCUAUUUUCUUCUGAGUCGUAAGUGACUUUAUGUUGCUGCAGCAGCCUUUAACCUCCACCCAGCAUGGACGAAAACACUUUAAAACUCCUGGUGAAGCUCACUCAGGAGGGACAGUUAAGCUGUCUGGAGAAACGGAUAACAUUAGGCGGCUCGGCGGCGGUUCAGACAAUCAGUAGGAAACACUUCGGUCGGUCAGGAGACACCCUGCUGCACUACGCUGCCAGACUGGGACACCUGGAAGUUGUGGAGUUUCUAAUAAAGCGGGUGGGUGUGGACGUGGAGGUGUACAACAACGACUACAAGAGGCCAUUGCAUGAAGCUGCGUCCAUGAGCCAUCGGGCUUGUGUUAGCUACCUGCUGCGGGAAGGUGCCAAGGUGGACAGUUUGAAGAAGGCCGACUGGACUCCCCUGAUGAUGGCCUGCACACGGAGACACCUCGACGUGAUCCAGGAGCUGCUGCGCCAUGGCGCCGACCCUGCACUGAGGAACAAAGACGGCUGGAACUCCUUCCACAUCGCCUGCAGGGAGGGCGAUCCUCUGGUCAUACAGCACCUGCUUCUUGCGGCGCCGGAUGUCUGGAGGACGGAGAGCAAGACGCGCAGGACACCACUGCACACUGCAGCAAUGCACGGCUGUGAGGAGGUUGUCAAGCUCUUGCUGGAGAGAUGUGGCUACACCCCAGACAGCACCGACAGCUGUGGAGUUACUCCUUUCAUGGAUGCCGUCAGGAACGGCCACAUUCCUGUGGCCAGGCUGCUUUUAGAUAAGCACCAGGCGUCUCCAACAGCAGCUGACAUACUCGGGGCUCAGCCGGUGCACCAGGUCGCUGUCACCGGCCAGGAGGAGGCGCUGUGGUUCCUGGUGCGGGACCUGAAGGUAGACGUGAACCAGAAGGCCACUGACAUUGAGCUCACUGCCCUGCAUUACGCUGCAAAGGAGGGCCACACGUCUACUAUAAAAACACUGCUGGACUUGGGGGCAGAUCUUCAUGUGCGGGACAAAAAGGGAAGAACUGCUCUUCACAUGGCCUGCAUCGGUCAGCAUGCGGACGCGGCCGGGACGCUCCUGCAGCUGGGACUCAAAGACUCAGAGGACGCAUCGGGCGCAACGGCACGGCAGCUCGCCAAGAAACCAGACGUGGUGCGAGUGUUUGAGUGUGGCUCACCAGACGCAUCGUAAAGGACAUCAUAGUGAUACAGAGCACAUCAGUUUAGGUUGGCAGCAUCACAAUAAAUCUUGACUUUACUGUGUGGUGUAGUAUGUUCUUGAGCGACAGAAUUGUUUGACUUGAAUUAAAGUCUUGCUUUUGUCUUUUAGUCGAAGGACCUGGCUUUGGUGCUUGUGACUUUAGGCUUGACUUGGACUGAAAACUGUCUCCAAGACUAACUUUUAAAGGCCAUAAUAGUGUUUCUGCUGCAUGGGAACAAGUACCUUGUUUGGAGAUGCUAGGCACAGAGCUUUAGACAUGAUUGGACAUGCUCAAAAUAAGAUCACCUGGCUGCGUAUGACUUUGUCUGAUUGCAUUUUGAUAUCAUCAUGACCCUCUAGCUUUCCUUCGCACCUUCUGGGAUUUCAAAUGCAAAACGAAACCUAAACCAAACAACGUGAGCAACAUCUGAUAAUUCUGUAGUCUUUGUGGCUGGCUGGUGUCUAUUCAUUUGCAUGAAAACACUGUUUGUAAAAACUAGUGUAUGCAUCUAAGUGUGUGUGAAAUACAUGUAUUGGACAUAUGCACAGUAU